AUGUCCACAACUGACGUUGCUGCUGCUGAAGAAAAAGUUGAUAUAGAUCCUUCAACACUAAAUCCACUUUCUCCCGAGGUGAUUUCGAGACAGGCAACAAUUAAUAUUGGUACGAUUGGACAUGUAGCUCACGGAAAAUCUACAGUCGUCAAAGCAAUAUCUGGAGUCCAGACCGUUCGUUUCAAGAAUGAACUCGAACGUAACAUUACCAUAAAAUUGGGUUAUGCGAACGCAAAAAUUUAUAAAUGCGAUAAUGAAGAAUGUCCUAGGCCGGGAUGUUAUAGGUCAUAUCGUAGCGACAAGGAAGAUAAUCCUCCUUGUGAAAGAGCUGGAUGUGGUGGAAGAAUGAAACUUUUAAGGCACGUUUCUUUCGUGGAUUGUCCUGGUCACGAUAUUCUUAUGGCCACUAUGUUAAACGGUGCCGCAGUGAUGGAUGCAGCGCUUCUCCUAAUUGCAGGCAACGAAUCAUGUCCGCAACCUCAAACUAGUGAACAUUUAGCAGCAAUUGAAAUUAUGAAAUUGAAGCAUAUCAUAAUUUUGCAAAAUAAGGUAGACUUGUGUAAGGAAAGUGCUUGUGAAGAACAUUAUCAGAGCACUGUUGCUGAUGGCGCACCAAUUGUACCUAUUUCUGCGCAAUUAAAAUAUAAUAUUGACGCCAUUAAUGAAUACAUUGUGAAAAGAAUUCCAAUUCCUAUUCGCGAUUUUACAUCAGAUCCCCGAUUAAUUGUUAUUCGGUCUUUUGAUGUCAAUAAACCUGGUGCUGAAGUUGAUGAUUUAAAAGGUGGUGUUGCUGGCGGAUCAAUUUUGCGUGGUAUAUUAAAGGUUGGUGAUGAAAUAGAAGUGCGUCCGGGGAUACUUACUAAAGACAAUGAAGGUCAAAUACAUUAUCGACCUAUUUUUUCGCGAAUAGUUUCAUUAUUUGCAGAACAUAAUGACUUAAAAUUUGCUGUUCCUGGUGGUUUAAUCGGCGUUGGCACUAGAAUUGAUCCAACUCUUUGCCGUGCGGAUCGUCUGGUUGGCCAAGUACUUGGUGCUGUUGGCAAAUUGCCAAAUAUUUAUACUGAACUAGAAAUUAAUUACUUCUUACUCAGAAGAUUAUUAGGCGUAAAAACAGAUGAGAAAAAGCAGACGAAGGUGUCAAGACUUGCCAAAAAUGAGGUAUUGAUGGUUAACAUAGGAUCUACCUCAACGGGCGGCCGCGUCAUGUCGGUUAGAACUGAUUCGGCUAAAAUUCUGUUAACAAGUCCCGCUUGUACCGAGAUCGAAGAAAAGAUUGCUUUAUCACGUAGGAUUGACAAACAUUGGCG